AUGGCGUUGAGAGCAGCUUUGAUUCGUCACCUCCGGGUUCCCGUCCAAACCCUUUCUCCCGCCGGCCGAGUCUCUCAGCCGUCGGUGGCCAACAGCCUCUUCGGUUCCAUCCGGUUCAUGUCAUCGCACGACGACCAUCUCAGCAAGGAAGAUGUCGCCGACAGAGUCCUCUCCGUCGUCAAGAGCUUCCCUAAGGUCGAUCCGUCCAAGGUGACUCCUGAUGUACAUUUCCAGAGUGAUCUAGGGCUGGACAGCUUGGACAAUGUCGAGAUUUUGAUGGCUUUGGAAGAGGAAUUCAAGCUGGAGAUUCCUGACAAGGAAGCUGACAAAAUCGAUUCCUGCAAACUCGCUAUCGAGUACAUUCAUAACCAUCCGAUGGCUAGUUGA